AUGAUCCGGACUUAUGACAAAACUGGUAGCAUACGUGGCACCAUCGCAUUUGAAAAGUUCCUUAAGUGGGAAGGAGAAGGCGGAGGCGAAAGAGAGGGCGAUCUGACGGUACCGUUGAAUGAUGAUGAUGAUGGAGGGGUGUUUGGGGCGAGGCAGGCCAUCAUUCUGGGUCAUCCAGAGAGCUCGUUGAAUGCCGAGGGGCCGCGUGGCUUGGGAACUUUGGAACGCGAAGGCGGUACUGGGUAUCACUAUUAA